UUUUGCAGGAAGUGUCCGCCUUGCUGCUCCGCGCAUGCGCAUCUCCAAGGAAGGCAUCGGGAUUUGGCUGAGUGACGAGCUGUGGGUGUGAGGAUAGGAGAAUAGGUCAAUUCCUUGUCGUUAUAUAUAGCGUUGUGUUUAUAUUUAGCGCCUGUUUCCAACGCUUGCCGCUAUCACCCCCCUCUUGUUUGCGCCGGAAGCAUAACGUCCGCGAAGGGAUAUUGUUUUGAUUAAGGACAAGCGCCUGUGCCAUAUUUGCAGGUGCUACUGCGAGUCUGCGAGCAUCUUUGGAUCUUAGGCUUUCUAACCAAGACUGAAUCAUUUUGGUCCUUUAUGGUUACAUCUUGUUCAGAUUGUGGCCCUUUAGCAGUUAAUGCAUUUAAAUGUAUACACAAGAUUCUUACUGAAAGGGAUUGUUGGGGUCAAAGAGAACUGAAAGGAUUGUCAAAAAGAAAACCUCAACAAAAUCAAAGCUACAGACAUACUGCUGAAGAGCUAAUCGAGCUUUGGAUUUCUUCAAUGAGGAACUAUAGGCUGAUCUUCUGCCACAAUCUUAAGCAGCCAUAAAGUACCAAAAAGUUUGUGCUUAUUGAAGUUAACUGUCAGUGGUAGAUUUUUUCAACUAUUGCUUAAGGUCUUGAGUAGUGUAUAAAUACACAUCUCCGUGCACUUGCUCAGCUGUCUGAUGAUGCCGCACUAAGGAAACUUCUCCACACGUGGAAGAACUGUGCAUCGGUCUACACAAAAGGCAGCUGUAACUUCUGGCCUAAAAGAUAUGAGGAAAAGUUCUUAUCCUUCCUUGGAAAACUGCAAUAUUAUUGCUAACAAGAUAUUUGGAAUCUCACUUGCUGAGCUACAACGGGAAAGGCAGCCAGACCAUGAAGUCCCUUUUAUAGUUCGUCAUAUUGUGAACUAUAUUGAAGCACAUGGAGGCCUCGAGCAAGAAGGACUGUUCCAAGUAAAUGGAGAUGCAGAGACCGUAGAAUGGCUCAGGCAAAGAUACGACAAUGGAGAAGAGGUGGACCUGGUCAAAGAAGCAGAUGUGCCAUCUGCUAUUAGUUUGCUGAGAUAUUUUCUUCAAGAACUUCCACAACCCAUAAUUCUACAUAGCCUUCAUCAUCGCUUUAUGCAGCUCUCACAAGAUUUCGAUAAUGAAAAUGAGUUUUCCAGGAAAUUGCAGUACCUGUUGCAGGAGCUACCGCCCAUUAAUUACAGCUUGCUCAAGUUUCUCUGCAGAUUUCUAGCUAACGUAGCAUCAAAUCAUGAAGAAAUGUGGCCAACAACUGCUUUGGCUGCUGUUUUUGGUCCGGAUCUUUUUCAUAUUUACUCUGAUGAUGAUAUGAAGGAACAAGAUAUAGUGACCAAAAUAAUGACUGGGCUUCUGGAACGGUAUUGUGAUUUUUUUGAAACAGAAGAGGAAUUUUCUUCAAACAAUAUCAGUUCCAUUACUGAGCAGAAUAAUGAUUUACAAAAGGAAGAACAUGCAGAGGUCACAUCUGGAGAAUGCUUUGAAGUAAUGGAAGAACCUAAUGUAACCAAGGUGGAUAUUUCUGAGGACCUUUUGGAAUUAAAUGAUGAUAUUGCUUCCACAAGGCAAGAUAUCACGGACAAUGCUAAUGUUGAAAGUGAUGAUACUGAAUACUCCGAGCCUCUGAUAAGCGCCUUUUCUGAAUAUGAAGAUGCUGAAAAUAUAAGUGUUUUUUCUUAUCUGGGACAGGAACAAACACAGGUGUCUGAUAUUUUACUGGAAAUAACUGAUGAGCAAACAAAUUCUGAUGCUGUUAUGGAUAAAGAUAUUUUUAUUGAAAGUGACAGCCCGGAGAAACCAAUUGAUGACUGCUAUAGACCUGAUUCUCCAACUAUGGAUUCCAGUAAUUGUGAUUACAAUGCAAACCUUGAUUUUGAGAUGUCGCAAGCAAGUGUCUCUGCCAGAUGUCAAUCUAUGAGCAUUCAUCAUCUAGAGCUAAGAAACAUUUCCAGCAAUGAUCUGGAAGAACCAUUUCCUGACUUCAAAUCUUGGCAGCAGGACCUGGAGUAUGGAGAAGCUUUGCUGUCACCUCAGGCUGGAAGAAUGAAUUAUUAUGUAGAAGAAGACCCCAAUCCGGUUCGAUCGCACCGUUCAUUGGAUUUCGGACAGAGUCAACGCUUUUUGCAUAAUCCAGAGUCAGAUUGCUCAUCUAUGACAGUUUAUAUUAGGGCAAGAAAAGCUUCAUGCAAUUCCAAAGAUGACAAACGAGAAGACAAAGCGCCAUAUCAGCUAGUUAAGAAAUUGCAAAAGAAAAUCCGUCAGUAUGAAGAACAGUUUGAAAUGGAGAAAAAUAUUAAGCCAACAUAUAAUGACAUUGCUGCCAACCCAAAGGUUCUUAAGUGGAUGACAGACCUCACCAAACUGAAAAGGCAAAUAAAAGAUGCAAAGCACAAAAACCUGGAUGACGUGUUUUUACCUCAAACGCGCCCACGAAGCAACACACUUCCAAAAAGCUUUGGGUCAUCUCUUGAACAUGAGGAGGAGGAUGAAACUAAAUCAGAGAAGAAGCCCAGUCAAGAAGCAACCUUUGAACUUAUUCUUAAAAGAUUACAAGAAAACAGAACUGAAAAAGGCCUUCCUGAGAAAAUUAAUAUGAAAAUGUCAAAAGACAACCUUGCAGAAGAAAAGAUGUCUCUCCAGAAGAGCCUGCUUUAUUAUGAAAGUUUACAUGGGCGCCCGGUAACAAGAGAAGAAAGACAAAUUGUGAAACCUCUGUAUGAUCGCUACCGUCUUGUGAAGCAGAUGCUGGCACGCGCAACCAUCGCUCCCAUUCUUGGCUCACCCUCUUUAAAACGACGUGCUCAAAUCUUGCCACCAAUCAUUGAAGGCGAAACAUCUAAUUUUUUUGAUGACAUAAAGCAAGAAGAAGAGGAUGAAAAUAGCGGCCUGAUUUCAGACAGCGGGGACAACACAUGUAUAACGGAGCAGUCUUUGCAGAGGCAGGAUGAAACUCCCUUAAUGAAACCUCAAGUGAAAGUGUCAAGAGAUAGGUUAUCAAGUUCUAGGACUACGUCUGUGACAGAAUUGCUUGAGCAGCUCUGGAAAACAAAGGCAGAAAAAAAGAAACUGCGUCAGUCUUUACGGGAGUUUGAAGAGGAAUUUCAUCGACAGAAUGGAAGUAAUAUUUGUAGGAAUGUGCAGAAAGAUGAUCGAGCGCCAAUGUUGGAAGUAUACAGAGAGUACAAGAAGGUUAAAGCCAAACUGAGACUUUUGGAAGUUCUGAUCAGCAAGCAAGAUUAUGCGAAAUCUUAUUAACACCUGCUGUGUCGGAGAGAGAAGUAUGUUCCAUGAAGCUAUGUUAUUGGAACUUUUAUUUCCCUGCCUCGCGGGGUUAAACUGAAGUGUAUGCACUUUUUAUAUUCCCACUCGCAGAAGAUCAUUAACAGGAAUGAACACUUUAUAUGCAUUCGAUGAUACGCAAACCUCUCAUUCAUACUCCUUUUUUUUUUUCUAACUUCUUUCUUACAGUUUGUGGUCAGAAUGCAUUGAUUCCAAUGUUUACAUUUGUUCCCAGUUUUGGAGAAAGCAUUGGUGGAAGGAUUCUGUUUCAUAGAGAAAACACCGAUGUUCGGAAAACCCUUAAAUAGACCUCUGUGUAGUGUGAUAGAAUCGACAUUAGAGUGUUGUUUUAUUAGUAUGCAUACGUAGACCAAUCAUAAUCGCUUUGAUUGCUAAUGUUAUUUAUUUAAGGCAGAAAUUCCACGCUACCUGCCUGUGCUGUGUGAAAGUCGGCCAGAUCUCGAUCGGAUGGGACGUCUGGGGCAUCUGUUCGUUGAUGCGGUCCCACGAUCCGACCGCCCGUUCCCAUUCGUUAGGAUCCGAUCGUUGGGCCCUAGGGCCCACAAUUGGAUCAGCCCGAUAUUGGCCACCUCAAGGUGGGCAUAUCGGAGAGAGAUGUGUCGCCAAACGAGCGGAUCUCUCCGUGUAUGGCCACCUUAAAUCUGCCAUAAUUCUCCUUUACUUGGUUCAUUCCAGGAAGAAAUGGUGGAAAAUGUUCAUCAGUCUGUCAAAGACACAAGAGCAGGUGACAAUAUCUAAAUUUGAAGUUUGAAACGGACUUCUGCCAUAUUGGAUCUGGUUAAUGCUUCUGUUCUACUCUUGCUCAUCACAUUAGCACACGAUUCUAUCUCUAGAGCUCAUAAUUUGUUCUACAGUUGUACUGACUUUAAAACGUUUUGUUUUGAGAAAACAUUUUUAUAUCACCGCUAAGUUAAACUGUCUUGGUAUUGAACAUAUUUUCAAGUUUAUUUCUGGCACAAUUUGGUAUUUUUGUGUUGUAUUUGUAUUUUUUUUUUUCCUGUAUGCAAUAUUUGCAUUUGAUAGCACUUAAUGUAGCCGCUCACUGGCGAGGACGUGUUUAUUGCAGGCGAAUAGAAAAUUUCCUUCCUCUUCUCACAACUGGAUAUUUAUAUAUAUCCUAUAGUUACUGGAGAACACGACGUUCCAAACAAAUCCUCUCUUGUGACAUCACAGGGAAAAACGUUGAGUUGUGCGAAAAUAUCCCAAAUGUAUGAUUGUUCUCCUACUGUUUAUCGCAAAAAGAUUUGAAAAACCGAUUCAAUUGCAUAGUUGCAGUGUAAAAUAUUUCUGACCGUGUAGAAAAUCAUUUUUUUUUUUUGGAAACCAUUUCUGAAAGCUUUUUAUAAUCGUUGGGGCAAAAAGAUCAAACAUGAGAAAGUCUAUUUUACAAGGAAAAACAAUUCAGUUUUCCAUCUGUGAUGAGCAGAAUCUUUCCUUUUAUCGGCUUCAAUGCAUUUUAAGAAUUUUUGCCAUAUUUUUUUUUCAGUGAGACUGGACGGAUUCGCUCUUCACUAAUUUUGAUAAAUCUGCACCUGAAAUGCUGUUCCCACCCAUAUUUAUAUUUCCAAACACGCUCACUUUAUAUAUUUGCAUUGGGGUUUUUGUUUUUUUUCCAAUAUUUUAUGAAAAAUAAAAUCAAUAGAAAUGUGCUGUA